CGAAAGCAGAUGCACUCUAUGAAACUCCCGUUUUUUCCCGGUAGUCAUUGAAAAGCACUCUCGUUCGGUUAUAGUCUCUGACAUCAUGCUGAGGAUCAUCACCCUGCAUUUGGCAAUGGCUGUCUUGAGCUACCACUUGUAUUCAAGCGGAAAAGUGGCAUGUCAAACGUCAAUAGAUGAGCGGUUGCUUCAGGACUACCAAGAGAUCGAUUCAAUCCUGCUUGAUUUUCUACAGGAAGCAAUUCUAUCGAUCGUAAAAAAAUUAAAUGAUUUAAAACUCAUGAAGAAUCACUAUCUUUUUGAGCAGAACCAUUUGAAACUAGAUGCAUAUAGAUAUGCCGGUGACAUUAUACAACACUUCAAAUUAGUGAAACGAAUACACUACGAUUGGGAGGAUACCUUGAAAACGAUUAAAAAGAAUCCUCUUAAAGACCUAGGUAAAAAAUAUCAAAAGCUUGCAAAAUUCACUUAUCCUUCGAUGACUCAACUUAAAAAUACUGUUCAUGUCUUUUUGGGGAUGCAAAGAUCGAUGAACCUGUCCGUCAAAGAUCUAGCCAAUGGCCACCAUCAAAACGCAAGGUAUCCGACAAAAUUAAGUAGUAGCGACUGUCAAGUUAUAGCCUCACAUUGCAUUUAUAACCCUACGAAACAGUUUGCUGCUUUGGAAUGGCUGAAGGAAGCAUACAAGAAGUUUGAUGAAAAAAAGGAGCCACCGCUAAACAAGCAAAUGUUGAUCUCAGAUCUGGCAUUUGCUCUAUCUAAAACAGGAAGUAUCAAAGAGGCUGUAGAUUUAACACAUGACUUUACGACGCGAUUGAAAAUGGACGACACAAACGCCUACUUCGAUAUGUACAUUCACUUUAAGUCGAAGCUUAACAAUCAACCAGUCAACGACAUGAAUGAAGGCAUUUCUCCUGAUGACACGUCUCUUGAAACCUGGACGUAUCCAACUCGAGAAUCUCACUUUCAAGAAGUUUGCAAACAGCUCAUCAAGUUUCCUCGGAGUAACACAGCUGACCUAAGGUGUCACCUCAGGAGGGAAGGAUCGCCUUUAUUUUUCUUGUCACCUUUAAAAGAGGAGGAAUUACACUUACGACCUAAAAUAUCCAUUUAUCACGAGUUCUUAACUAAUGAUGGAAUCGAUAAAAUAAUAGAGUCAGCGCGUGAUCAGAUGCUGAGAGAAGCUACCAGAAACGGAUCCAGUGCUGAGUAUGAGGUAGACCAGUACGUCAGGUACAGAAAGAUUAUUUUUCUGGAGAGAGGGAUUUCGAAUUUUGAGAGUCUCCUCAAACACACAAAUGCCUUGACCGGACUCAGCGAUGAAACCGCUGGAGACAUUCAAGUGAACUACUACGGCUCCGGGGGAGGACAUGCCCCCCGCUACGACGCGUACUCCGAGCAUUUUGAUCCACGCUUGGGAAAUCCAACCACAACAGUGCAAUUUUACUUGAAUAACGUCCAAGUUGGAGGUGAGACGGUUUUCGACGGACUCGAUGUACUCGUCAAACCGGAAAAAGGUAGCGUUUUGGUAUGGGAUAAUUUGAGGAGGAAUGGCCUGAUAGAUAUGUUCUCUGGACAUGGAAUUUGCCCUGUUUUCCACGGUCAUCAACUGACUGCAACUCUAUACUAUCAUCAUAAAGAGCAAGUAUUGCAUCGGCCGUGCACAAUGAACAAAUAUGAGUGAAUUUAGCAUUUAAUUACAUUGUCGUCUGAAAUCAUUAAAAUCUCUGACGUUGUUCGAAUUAUUUCAAUUAACUAUAUUCAGCUCAUGAAACUCUUAUUCAAUGAUGAAGUAAAUGCUAUGUAAGUACGUCAUAGAAAUAUUUUCAAAUCCUGACACUGUUCUAAAUCCAAGUCUUGCACAUAGUACCAUUAUAUAUGGGUAUGUGAUAUAUGUUUCAUUGAAUAUGUUACCUUGCUUUUUACAAACACACGCGUCAUCUCUUUUGCUUUACUAACUGAAAUUUAAAUCCAGCAAAAGGUACCCUUGUUUCAUUGUGUAAUAUCAGAAAUAAAAUGAAAUAAUUUUUUUUGUAAAUAAAUACUUUUAACUCGA